UAAAUAUCCACUCUCCCACACAAUUCUCAUUUAUAUUUUUAAAAUUAACAUUAUCUUCCUCUUUCCUUUGAAGGCCUCUCAUUAUUCCCCAGAUAAGUCAGCUCGUGGCUUCCCCGCAAAGCUGAGAGAACACAAGAGAGACCAUGGAAACUCUCGUGGAAGCCAGGAUCAGCACCAGCAUUUUCCCAAAAUUUUCCAGUAAUUCUUCUACAGGUAAACAGGUUUUGAGAUUGUGCAGACAAUCUUCAAAUGUGUUUACUUGGGUUAGUUUGCGAGUGCCACAAACAUUAUCACAUGAGAACCUUCAUGUAAAGGUUUGUGCAGUGAGGAGACGAAGAGCUUAUCGACAAUCUGAUACUUAUGUUCUAAUGGAACCCGGCAAGAGUGAAGAAUUUGUUUCGGAGGAUGAACUGCGAGUGAGGCUGAAGGGUUGGCUUCAGAAUUGGCCUUACAAGGCUUUGCCGCCUGAUCUUGCCAGGUUCGACUCGAUCGACGAUGCUGUUUCGCACCUCGUGAGGUCGGUCUGUGAGCUAGAGAUCGACGGUGAGGUUGGAUCGAUACAGUGGUACCAAGUACAACUAGAAUGAAGGCUUAUGAUACCAAACGACAUUCGAUGUAAAUAUGUAAUAAGAUCGUGCAAUCCGAUCAAAGGUUAUAAUAGCAUCUCAUAUUCUCAAUCAUUAUUGAAAUAUGAACGGUAUUUUACUAACAA